AGCAUUUCUUGCCAAGAAAGUUUCCGGAUGAGGCAAGUGGAACCUGUCGUUUCUCCAACCUCCUCAGCACUUGUUGAACCACGGGCAGAAUUAUCGGUGGGGCUUGAAUGUUGAGAAGAGAUCAAAGGUUAAUCAGCUGAGAGCAAUUCCUUCUCAAAGCCAACUGCGUGCGGACAUCUCCCGAUUAUCGGUGACCUUUUGUGUCAUUUAAACAGAUAAACAAUGGCUGACGUUGUUCCGAUUUCCUUCACACGACGAUUGAGCGUGAGCGUGGACGAUUUUUCAUUUAAAGGGAAAGUUGGUCCCACUCUCCCUAGUGUUGACAGUGGAAUAAAUAUACAAGUAGAUAUACAAAGCAGCAGCUUCACCUCGAUGGACACUGUGUCACGUGUCUCAAAAUCCGUCAAUCUCGACAAACAGGUCCCGGAUUGUGACGGGAGGUUUCACUGCUCCCCUGCUGAUGAUGGGCACUCCAUCGUGGAUGACGACACCGCCAGUGUGACGUCAGGAAGUGACAGCGAAAGUGGCAUUGACAGCACCCCAGAAAGUGCGGUUCACACACUCCAAAAACCUUUCAAAAAUAAACAGCCAGCCUCAAAGAAAAAUGUGGAUUUCUCUAAUCCCAAAGAUGAACUGUCACGGAAACUGAAGGAGCAAUACAAACCCGAAUACCUUGAUUCCACCAUGGCUGAGUUUCAAGUGGAACAGAACAUAACGCACGCUGGCGUCCACCUUUCAUUUAGUGGCGAAGGUCUCGCAGAAGAGAGCAAAGACAGUAUCACCUCAACAUUUUCAGAAGAGAUGAGAAAAACACAAGAAAGUAUAUCACGGCAGGCAGUUAUGAACUACCUCCAGAGGGAGCCGUCCCAGGAAGAAAAUCACCAAUUCAUGGUGCAAAUGACACAGGAAUUUCCCAUAAACCAAUGAAGACAGGAAAACAGAGGUUCAGGUGGAACCUUAUGUUUAACCUUCUCUUCUGGAUCAUCGUCCCAAUGCCUGUGUGGGUGCCGUUUGUGUCACAGACCGUCGCCUGGUACUUAAUUCCGGUUGUCCAGGCUCUUUUUGUCUUCAUGUGGGUAGUCGUGGUUACCUUGGCCUGC